CCAUCAACCGCUCUACACUUGACAUAUCGGACCACAUCUUCUCCAUGUGCUUUAAAGUCAAUAGUAGCUGGCAUUUCAUAUAAGAUGUGAUACAAGAAGUAAGGCGGGAAUGUGGUUUAUUCGCAAUGGGAAAUGUUUUCGGCAGACAGGGACGAGUCACCAGUCGAGUUACAGAUCAGGACAGGGCGAUAUUGCAACUCAAACAGCAGAGAGAUAAACUGAAACAAUAUCAGAAGAAAAUCACAUUACAGCUGGAGAAAGAGAGACGUCUGGCCAAACAGCUCAUGAAGGAUGGCAGGAAGGAACGAGCUUUUCUGCUGCUCAAAAAGAAACGCUACCAAGAUCAGCUGCUGGACAAGACCGACAUCCAGAUAUCCAACCUGGAGCGCAUGGUUCAAGAUAUUGAAUUUGCUCAGAUUAAAAUAAAGGUCAUUGAGGGUUUAAAGGCUGGGAAUGACUGUCUCAAGCAAAUGCACGAGGUCAUGUCUGUUGAGGAGGUGGAGAGAAUACUGGAGGAUACGCAGGAGGCCAUUGAGUAUCAGAAGCAAAUUGAUGAACUGCUGGCAGGUUCAUUGACACCGGAGGAUGAGGAUGCUGUGUUAGCAGAGCUGGAGGCUAUCAUUCAGGGAGAAGACAUCACACUUCCAGAAUUACCCACAGAUCCAUUGCCAGCGGUGCCUAAAGGGGAGACAGAAAGAAAAGAGGUACAAAUCAAGGUGGAGCGAGAGAUGCUGGCAGCGUAGUGUUUGAUCCUACAACCUGGCUCAUCACUUUGUUUUGAAUGAAAGGAAGGGCUACGGGAAUAUAUUUGGCAGAAAAGAAAGCUUUCAUAGGAUAUUUAAUAGGCGUGCAUCAGAAUCAGUGUUCACAUGGUCAUGGAAAACGUAAAAAUGUGAGGGAAUUUUACAGUUUUAAAAGUCAUGGAAAGAAAUGUCAAGAUAAAGAAAUGGAAAUUUCUUGUUAUAAAAAUGUAUUUAUUGUAGUUGGCUACAAUGUCUUUAUAUUGCAGUUAUACUUGUAAAAUAUUUUAAAUUCAAUUUAAAACAUUUACUUUUUAAAGUAAUUAUUAACCACUUGAAAUGUCAUGAACAAUAAAAGAUUUUCAAACCAUGAAGAAUAGAAAUGCUGUUAGAGUUUACAGUAUCAUCUUAAUGUAAAACCAGCUGUUGUUAGGUAAGUAGGUAGGUUAGUUAGAAGCAUAAAUGACAGUUCACAUCGAUUAAUAUAUAUAUAUAUUUUUUUUUAAUAAAUUAUACCUAUGAAAUAUGAGCUCUGUUAUGUGGCACUAGCAACCGUGACUGUUUAUAUUUUCAUUUUUAAAUAAAUUUAGGCUAUAAACUAGUCUGUAGCAUUGGUAUUUAAGCAGUGUUAACUGUUUUGCUCACUUCUAGUGGACUAGCUGGAUUAUUGAUGAAGGGUAAUUUUGAAAGGAUUUUACAUAUACAAUAUAUUCCAAAAAGGUUUAUAGCACUUUUACAGAUGUGGUUUAAACAAAGUGCUUUUUAAGCCUGUUCAUGUAUUCAAACCCUAAAAGAAUUUAGGUUAUAAUACUGUAUGUGUAUCUGAUUGCAGAGAAAGAUUAAGUUCAUUUCGUUUUCGUGGCUCUUGCAGAUGUGUGUUAGCAUGUCAUGAGCAGCAGGGGGCUCUUCAUAUCACUAGUUGAGAGGAAAUAAAUCUGUGCUGACAUGCACAACUACCA